UUACGACAAUCCACUUUAAAGGCAACCUCUUGGCUCCGCAACUUCUAUUUUACUCUCCCUAAAAGACUUCACCGUUUAUGUCACUAUUCAGAUCAAAAAUGUUCAAAACAAAGAUGACCAUUUUCUGUUUCUUUCUCACCGCCCUCAUCCUUAUGGUCCCAACUUCAUCCACCGCCACAGACAACCCAACUUACUCCGCCUCCACAGACACGUUCAUAUAUGCAAAUUGUUCGCAGGCCAGAUUCUCUCCUGGCUCCGCAUACGAGACCAACCUCAAGUUCCUUCUAUCUUCCCUCGUCAACUCCACCGUCCUCAACCGCUACAACAACCUCACUGUUCCCUUCGGUAGUGGAGUAAAACCUGAACCGGACGUUACUGUAUAUGGUCUUUUCCAGUGCAGCGUUGACCUAGACCCAAUUUCUUGCUCAUCGUGCGUAUCACGCGCCAUCGCGCUGGUCGGAAACACGUGUCCCAACUCGUACUCCGUGUUCUUGCAGAUGCAAAAUUGUCUGGUCCGGUACGACAAGAGCUCCUUCUUUGGCGUUCAGGACAAAACGGUGAUGCUUAAGACGUGUGGACAGCCGAUGGGAUUUUAUGACCAGGAUGCGUUGACCAGAGUCAAUGACGUCAUCGGUUCUUUAGGUUCUGGGAGUGAACCGGAUAGGACUAGAGUGAACGGGGAUGUUCGGGGUAUGGCUCAGUGCACAGAGGAUCUAAGUCCAGCACAGUGUCAGGAUUGCUUGACCGAUGCAAUCGGACGGCUCAGAUCUGAUUGCUUAAUGGCCCAGGGAGGGUACGUCUACUUGUCCAAGUGCUACGCGCGUUUCAGCUUCGGUGGUAGUCAUGCACGAGGAGAGAAAUAUGAUAAGGAUGAUGACGACAAUAAUAUCGGGAAAACAUUGGUGAUAAUAAUAGGAAUCAUCACGUUAGUCAUCUUACUCGUUGUGUUACUCGCUUUUCUUGGAAAGAAACUCAGAAAAUUACAAGAUGAUAAAUGUUGUAGAUGAAAGGAAAUGUGAGAAAGAGAACAAUCAACAACUCGAGUCAAGCCACUAGCCACUAGCCACUGCUAGUUGUGUUUUUAAAAUUUUAAGUUUUGUGACCUUGCAUGCUUCAUUAGAUGUAUAGAUGUAUUAUUGUCUUAAAUGAAAAAUAAUGGACAAAGCUUCCUCUUUUUUCUCUUUGUUAAUCGAAACUUCCUUAUCUUCUGUUUA